AUGCCUGUCCCCAGCUACAACGCCAUGCCUUUGAGCAAGAUGUUCCUUGGCGCUCGCGUCCUCCAGGCAAUCUGCAUGAUCCUAAUCAUUGGCAUCUGCUCCAACUUCAUUCAAAUGAUCGUCACAACCGGUGUUGAGCCCCCCAAAGAGUUCGUCGGCACACUGAGCGUGACAUGUAUCGCAGCCCUCUACAUCAUGGUCAGUGUAGGCUACUACUGGUCGCAAGCCAACCUCGGUCUCCUCGUCAUGACGGGCGUCGACUCCCUAAUCCUCAUCGCCUUCAUCGUGUGCGCUGUCACUCUGGGAAAACCCAUGUCUUUCCUCAACUGCUACGUCAUCGGCAAGUCUUCCGCAGAAGUUGACACGAUGUACGCCAACGCUUUCGUCACGGCGACGGUUGAGAACCUGAACAAGAGCACGAGCAGCUUGGGUCAUUGGGCGGGUGUUACGAGGAGCAACUGCUUCCAGGCCAAGACUGUCUGGGGCAUGGCUAUCGCGCUUUGCGUACUCUUCACUGUUUCUUGCGCUCUCCUUCCUACGCUUUGGUACAAGAACAACAUGAAAAAGCCUGCCAAGACCGUCGAGGAGGCUUAA